ACACUUUCUACACAUAAUUCAGCAGUGCAUGUUCAGUGGGAUAAACAUGGAGUGUCUUCACCAACAGAAGGUGCAUGUCUGUGAGAGGAUGUGAUACAUGUAGGGCUGUGUGUAGCCCUCAGGCAAUGGGUUUUAGGGAUAUGGAGUACCAGAACUCUUGACAAUAUCAUGAUGUCACACCGCAAACAAACGGACCCUGCCCCAGCUCAGGUGGAGGACUGGUGUCUGGUGGAUGGGGAGGGGGAGCGCUACAAACUGCCUAAAACCAUGCUCUUUAUGGGUCGGGAGGAGUGUGAUAUUGUGGUCCGGUCGGAGACUGUUGACAAGCGCCACGCUGUGAUAACAUUUGAUCAUUACCUUAACAAGUUUAAAAUCAAGGAUCUCACCACAGUUAAUGGGACAUAUGUGAAUGACCAGCAAAUCCAUGACCAGGAGUAUGUGACAUUGGAACAUAUGGAUUCUGUACGCCUAGGACAGGAUUCCAUGCUGUACCACAUGGAGGAGGUGAGAGAGGGCGAGGACCAGCAGGCCCCGGAACAGGACAAUGCCCAAACCACCACCAACAUGCCAUCUUGGGCCACCAAGGAACUACCACCCAUGGCCAUGGCUGAGUGUCAGGGGUGCAUAGCUGAGCAGAGGAUUGCCCACACUUGUACUGUUCAAACUGACCAAUCAGAUAUGAUGAAUUACAGCCCCAAUCACUGUGUGAUUCUGCCUGACCAAUCAGACUCUAUGCAUUAUACCCAUCAUCAGCAUGUAGUUCAUAACCACCAAUCAGAGGCCAUGCAUUACAAUGUUCCUCAUCAUGUAAUACAGACAGACCAAUCAGAAGCCAUGCAUUACAAUGCUCCUCAUCAUGUGAUACAAACAGACCAAUCAGAAGCCAUCAGUUAUAUCCCUCAUCCUCAUAUGAUCAGUACUGAUCAAACACAUUACAACCCUCAGCAAAUGAUGCACAUGGACCAGUCAAAUUAUGGUGACCACCACCAGCAUAUGACCUACCAGGACAGUCAUACAUCUUAUCAUGGUAAUGUGGAGAAUUACACAAACCAAGGGUAUGAACCACAGACUUCAUCUAAACAGUCUGAUAAGGACCUUGGAUGUAAUACAUGGCCACGUAAAAGGAUGAGAAAUGUGAAAAACAUCGCUACUUUCUUCACAGAGGAAUUGACCAAUGGCACAAGUCAAGAUGACCAGUCACACAGAAUAUUACGAGGGGAGAGCACUCAGAGGGAAAAUCUUCCACCCGAGUUAGAAACUGUAAAGAAAGCCACACCCUUGUAUGGCCAGCCUGAUUGGUGGGGGGAAGAUGCUGACCCUGAUGACAUCCCUGAAGGUGCUCAAGUGAGGCCUUCCAACCUUAGUGUAGACAAUAAAGUUCAUCAACAGUAUGUCACUAACACCCUGAACAACUCUAGGCAAAUGGAGGGUGGAAGUCAUGAUACAAGUCCCAUGGAGGCCAGGGAUGCCCCUACCUCAAAGUCCCAUGAUCCUGGAGGAGGGGGCCAGAUACCUGAGGAGAGUCGUGAUAAGGGAGAUGACCCAAUUCCCAGGCGACAGUCAGAUACAUCAGGGGGUCCUUGUAUGUCUUUCACAGUUGACUUUGAUGAAGACAUUAGAAAAAUGAAUUCCUCGGGAAAACUCAGUGAUUUUGUGCCAUCAAAGAUGAGAAAAAGUUUCAGAGAGAGGAAAGAGAAUCUUGCUAAAGCUAAAGAUACAAGUUCACCUGAAAAAUUGACAGCUGGUUCUGUUGCCAAGGAUACGCCACCUGACAAGGGAAGUAGAUCUGUCUCUAAGGAAGGAACGCCAGAGAAAGAAGAUCUGCCAGAGAAAGUAGAGGUUGAAGAAAUUGCAUCUAAAAGGCAAAAGAGGGCAGAAGCAGAGAUGACACCACCCAGACGACGGAAGAAAGUAGAAAGCGAAGAGAUGGUAACUCCUCGUAGACAAAAGAAAAUUGAUGAAAUAUGGGAGUCUGACUCCUCAUCAUCUACUAAAGGAAGAAGAUCAACGGAGAUGAAGAGGUCAAGUAGGUCAUCUCAAGAGAGUGACAAGGUCACAGUUAGCACAAGAUCAACAAGAUCAACCACUUCAGACAAGGUAACAAGGUCAUCAAGGUCAACAGAUAUAGAUAAAGUAGCAACAAGGUCAUCAAGGUUAACAGACAAAGACAAGACAGCAACAAGAACAUCAAGGUCAGCAAACACAGAAAAGGUCACCACAAGUUCACCGAGGUCAGUUGAUAUGGACAAGGUCACCACAAGAACCUCAAGGUCACAGGACACAGAAAAAGUGACAGCAGUUUCUGCCAGAGGUACCAAGACAUAUGUCAAAAGAAAGGUCACAACAGAUCCCAAAAAGCCAUUGAAAUCUAGCCAGUGUAAAGAGGAGGACCAGUUAGCUGCUGCUGCAGUGCUCAAAAUGACAGAAAGUGCCUCCUAUCUAAUAGACAAAAUGUUCGAAAGCAGUUCCUGCAAACAAGGUACAAAAUCCAAAACUGUGGCAGACAGAUUUACUGAACAUGCAAUGUAUCGUGAGGCUAAAGAAUAUGACAGUGGGAAACCCAAACUUACCCUAGACACUGACGACUCUGCCCCACUGCUGGACUUGCUGCAGACUCCCACUAAGGAAGGGAGUGAGGAAGAAGUGAAGGAAGUGGAUGAGGCAGUGGACAAUGUCAGUGAGGCAGGAACAUAUACCAUUGAAUGUGAUGAUCAUGAUGAAGAAGAGCAGCAAGCACGCCACAGCAUUGAUGCAGUGUUUGGGGUGUCCAACGAUGCUGAUAUGAUGUCACGAAGUCUUGUUAUCAACGAUGAGGGUAGUAAACGUCUUGAUGAACUAAGAAUUGAGGAACCACUGGAGGACAAGUUUGCAAAAGGGGAGAUAACUUUAGCAGACCUUGAGAAGGAGAUUGAGAGGCUGGAGAGGAGAAAGACAGAGGUUUCUGUAUCCAGUAGUGUAGAAGGUGAAGCAGGCAGCACUACCCUUCAGGAACUCAGAAUCAUCGAAGAGCAUGACAACCCAAGCACCACCCUACCAAGUGAUGCGCCAGCAUGGGUAACACAAUGGGCUGCACUGACCAAUCAGAAGUCCCGAUCUAAAUCAUCCAACAUGGACGCCUCCAGUCCUAGCUCAGUCCACAGUCACUCCUCAGAUAAAGAUGAGAAAACUUUCAAGAAGUCAGGCCAUGGUCUGAGACGUCGGGGGACAGGACGAAAACUUCCCAGUAUUCCAGGGGAGUCCAGUAAAACAAGUCCUGCUAGUAGUGAACACAGCUCAAGGGUUAGUGAGACUACAGGAAGUCCCAGCAUAAUGACUCCUCGUCAUAGUGAUGGUGUCUUCUUGGAAAAUGGCAAACCCAAGGCUGUUACAAUCUCUAGUCAGGUGGUGUCACGAUAUGAUGGCACAGACACUGAAUCAGUGUCACGGACAAAGUUCAGUAGCGACAGCGAAAGUGUGGCCACGAGUGCUCUCACUAGUGUGACAAAGUCAGAUAUAGACACUGACCGACCAAGCAGGAGUUCAAGGUCAGUGUCCAUAGAGAGUGAUAGGACAACCCAUAGUUCAAGGUCAGCACGUAGUACUGGCAGUAUGGAUACAGAACUUCUCUUACGCGAUACAGAAACUGUGAUGGCUGCCAUGGAAGCUCGAAUGGGCUCAAAGUCAAGCAACAAACCCAAAGAACCCCCACAUGUGAAUGGAGCCAAUGAUUCCUUCUCAGAUAAUGAGAGCAUGGUUGCCAUGGUGAAUGGAGAUGAUCAGUAUGUAAAACCAUCAAACUUCAGUAGUCCCAGACAAAAUUUAACCAAAGUGCGUUCAACAACAGGUCAGCAGAAAAACAAGCCAACUCUAAUAAGGACUAAUUCUGCAACAGCCAGACUGAAUGCUUUUAGAGAGAGCACAAAGCGCCACAGUUCUGGGGAUGUGUCAACUGUUGUGUCUGAUGUCCUCAGUGAAACCCCAACAGAAACUGAGCCCAGUGAGGGCAGCUUUAGUAGGUCUAAUUCCAAAGGCAAGGGUAAAAUGACUAUGACACGCCCCAACAGAGCAUUUGAGUUAAGACGUGCUCGAGCUGAAGCUGAUGAACCCACCACACCUGGGUCCUCAGUAAGUUCAGUAUCUGACACUUCAUCAAGGGGAACUACCUCUGUGACCAGUACUUCACGACCUUCAUCAAAGUCACGUAUAAGUGCUGACAAGACAAAUGAUUCUGCUCGCAGUGAUAUGAGUCUUGGAGGACAAAUUGUGGCCAGAAGUCGUAGCAAUAAUGCUCGCUCUACCAGUGAUUUGUUGCGUCGAGACGGAGGUAGACACAGCUUACGUCUCAACCGAACUAACUCUAGCUCUGACCCUGUGUCUACUUUGGGAACUGAUAUACGCAAGACUGAUAUAAAAUCAAUCAAAGCCAGGUUAAAAAACUCGACCUAUGGAACAGCAGGCUUAUCUGUAACUGGAGUGAGUAGCUCUAACAGGAGCAGCACCAACUCUCAGACCAGUAGUAGUCACUCCAACUCGCCCAAGUCAGCAGAGAAGGCAGCGUGGAGACGAAGGAAGGAGUAUGAUCCUAGAAAAGCUGUGGCAAAUGCCAAAGCAAAAACACAGGACAAAAAGUCAAGAGGUGAUGAAAUACGAAUUCUCGCAUCUAAAAAUUCCAAAAUGACACGCUCUGCUUCAUUUACUAACACAGCAGAACUGAGGCGAUACAGGAGGGAUAACUCCUCAUUGUCAAGUGCAGAUGAAAUUAGCACAGGUGCAAAUAGUGAAGUUGACAAUUCUUUUGUAGACUCAAGCUCCCAACGAGGAUUUAUUCCAUACUCUGGGAGGUCACAGUCAAGUCGUCUUUACCAGAGCUCUGAAGAUGAGGAGAUGAACAUGAUGGUGAAGUCUUCACAGUCUUACGACAAUAUCCUGGUCUCCUCCAUCUAUCAGUUGUCGCUCAAGCUCAAAUCAUCAACUGACAAGUCACUGAAAAAACUCAAGGACCAUGAGAGGAUAGAGAAUGGUACGGCUGUCUCCCCUAUGGAUGAAAUGCUGGACCAGGCCAGCAGUGUGUCAGGUGACAUGCCUGGUUGGAAUUCAGCCAAUCAGGAACUGGCUGGAAUCCUCAACAACCUCAGGAAGAUAGAACACCAUGUCCAUGUUAUGAACAAAGUUUUGUUCCCUGAUGAAGAAUCAGACUGUGAUACACCAAGGAUGACGGGUCGGGAGAAACAAGAGUACCUCCAAGAGAUAGAGAGAAUCAGAGGAGAGUUGGCAGGCUUUCAACCAAUAUCUACUCCUGAGGAGGCUUGGAAACUCCGUGAUGGUGAUGAAUCCAUCGAGUCUGACUGUGAAGAACUUGGUGUCCCAGAGGAAUUCUUCUAGUUUAUCGUGUUAUCACUAGAAAUACUCCAACCAACCACUACAGUAUGGACUUCUCAAAUUCAGAGAGGCCAAUAUUCCAAGUAUGAUCUUUCGUCCAUUCAAAAAAUGUGAGGAUUAUUUUUGAUGUAUUCGUUAAUCCUCAUUAAGAUUCUUCUAACCAAACGACAGGGGUUAUUAGCAAGUGUAUGUUUCGAAAUUACUCCUUAGAAGAACACUUUUGAUUGGACAAUAAUGAUAAUACAGUGCCAGAUAAUCUCUUUCGUGGAUGAGAGCAGAAGGAUGGCCUGGUUAAAGUUAACACAAACUGCCAUGUGUGGUGUGAUUUUAUUCUGUGGGUUUAACACUGACCUGACCAGGUUGGUAACACCAGUGGUACAUCUCAUGUUGUUGAUCUCUGUAACAAGACCAAAAGCUCCCAGGCUUCCAUGUAUGUUGCCGCCUAAUAUGGGCAUGUGUUCAUUAGAGUCAUGUAGUGCUUAAAAAGCUCAAACUGUCCAAUUGUAUUGGAUCAUGUGAUGCAUGAUUUGGCAUUAGUUCAAUUUCUGUUGGUUUUCAUUAUUUCAUAUACAUUGACUAUUCUACACUUUUCAGUUUUAAUGAAUAUUCAUGUAUUUGUAAACGUUGUGAAUAUUCAUGAGUUCUAUGUACAGGUCCCCAGACUUGUACUGUACAAUUUAUAGGUACUGAGUGUUGUACCGUUUUCUGUGAUAUAAUUUCCAUUGAAGAGAGUGCUUUUUAUAUGCUUAGAGCAGUAAAUGUGUGGCUGAUAUGAAUGUGUUUGCUUGUUUGGUAUCAGAUGCUAGUCAGUACUAGACAAAACUGUACACAAGUAUUCAUGUGUAAAAAGAACAGGAUACACUAGCCAAACUAUACUUCAUUCAUUAGUUAUCACUCUGUAGAGGAAUCUCAAAAAUUGGCAGAAAACAUUUCAAUUUAUGAUAAAAUGUCAGCUUCCAGAUGUUUUACUUUGUGUAAAAUAUCACACAUUGAUUUGACAGUCCUGUUUGAUUUGAUAAUCCCCUAAUACAAGUUUGGGUAAGAUUGGGAUUUAUGAUAAAUAUUGUCAACAUUGAUAUUUGGAAUGUUUACUCCAACUUGUUGAUAUCUAUUGGAUGUAUGUGAUGAUUACAUACUCUGCCUUGUGUACGACCACAGGUCUUCCUUCAGACUGUAGUGCCUAUAGAUCAUUAUCCCCUCUAAGUGCCAAGUAAUAAUCUUAUUGUGUCCACAUCCAAUAUCAUUGUAUGAUAGAUUGGGACUUACUGUAACGGCUUCAUCCAUGUCAGACUUAUUAACCAGUGUAAGAACUGUACAAUAGUAUAGAUAACAAUGUUAUCAGAAUAGACUUGAUAUUUCAAUGAAUCAAAACAUGAUGUAUUUUCCUCAAAUUACCCGCAGAAUUUUUAAGCCUUUCAACUUGUCAUUCAUAGGUGAAUUUUUACUCAAUGUAUUUUUUCCUUUUUUAAUUUUUGUUUUAAACUCCAUACGUUUCUGCACAUUUUUCUUAUUUGAAAACAACGAUACAUUUUUUGGUCAACCACUAUCUGGAAAAUUCCAGCAUGUCAACUCUUGUGAAGGGAGAUAACUCCUAUGACACUAAACACUGCACUUGGACAACAUAAAUCAUAUAAUUUGCAGAUAAUGCUUCAUUUGUGUAAAUAUGUGUAUUGAUGAAAAAAUGUUAGUCGUAAAGACAAGAUACAAAUGUAAUUAUUAAUUGAGAUCUGCAAGGUCAUCGCUGUGGUCGUAGAGAUGACCUGGAUGUUUGUAUGUUAGUGAACAAUGACUGUGAUAUGUUUUGCUUCUGUGUAAGUCUCGUUCCAGAGUUAUGUUGGAUAUUAAAUAUAUAUAUAUAUAUAUAUACACGUAAAUGUUAUAUGAUUCUUGUUAUUGAGAUGUUUCUGUUAGUGAGCCAGUAUUUACAGAGAUAGUGCACCUGUUGUGGCAGGAUGUGUAACUACAUUUCGUUAUUUCCCACUAUAACAGGUGGGAAUGAUAUUGUGAAUUUUCCAAUGAAAUUAUAUGGCCUUAUCAGAUCCAGAUCACCACAGAUGUCUGGAAGGAUUUCGACUAAAGAAUUUGAUUUGGUGACAAAUGAGAUUUUCUGUUUUGAAAUCACGUAUAGAACAAAAUGAUCAGACUGUUUUUUGAACAUAUUUAGCUUUGUUUAAACAAGAGUUUGGAUUAAAGUUUGUUUCUGAAACAAGAUGCGCUAAUUUAUGGAAAACUAUUCAGUGUUCUGAACAACUAUAGCCUUACAAGUUCCUCCAACAAUUACUUUAUUACAUAGAUAUACAUUGUAAAUCCAUCUGAGUAAUUGUUGGUGAAGUAGAUAUACUAUUACACGAUACAUGUGCUGAACAGCCUCGGAGUGAUAUACAGCACUGUAGUGUUACAAUAACUGUGGUGUAUGUUGUCGUAAAUAUUACACACUAUCUCAUGUUGCUUUGUAAUGUAAACAGUGUAAAUUAAUGGCCAACUUUAACAAAAUUUACAAUUGCAAUAUAUACUUUAUUCAAUGUGCUUAGAUUUUUACUAAUUCAGCUUAUUAACAGUAAUGUAAAGACUUAGUUGCAUAUGAACAAAUUCCCUCUCAGUCGAUAUAUUAUUUAUUAUAAAAUAAACGAAAAAGCUACUAUUUAA